CCACCGUACCCACCACAACAAUUUUCCAUCCCAACCGCGAUCUCGUUCUUGUCUUUCUCACUCACCGUGCGCGGCGGCAGCUUUGCUUCUUCCACCACUGACCAGCGGGUCCCGCCUCGCCGGUGGAGUUUUCAGGGAGCUUCUUCUGCCCGCCGGCGCGAUGAUCCUGUCGGCGCUCACGACGUCGGUGGGGAUCAACCUGGCCCUCACCGUGCUCCUCGCCGCGGCCUACUCGUUGCUCCGUCGCAGGCCACCGUACGUCGAGGUGUACUCCCCGCGCCGGCCCUACGCGCCGCUCGAGCCGUGGCUCGCUGCGGCGUGGCGCCGUGCCGAGGAGGACAUCCACGCCGCCGCGGGGCUCGAUGGCGUCGUCUUCAUCCGCAUCUUCGUAUUCAGCAUCAGGGUGUUCGCGGCGGCCGCGGUGCUCGGGGUCGGCGUGCUCCUGCCGGUGAACUUCCUCGGUGACCAGCUGCGGGAGAUCGACUUCACCGACCUGCCUAACAAAUCCAUCGAUCUAUUCAGCAUCUCCAACGUCCAGGACGGUUCCAGCAAAUUGUGGCUUCACUUUUCAGCUGUGUAUAUCAUAACUGGAAUUACAUGCUACCUACUGUAUCAUGAGUACAAAUAUAUCUCUGGCAAGAGGCUAGAGUAUUUUAUGAUCUCAAAGCCAUUACCUCAGCACUUCACAGUUCUUGUUCGAGCUAUUCCAGUAUCUGAUGGUGUUUCAGUGGGUGAUGCUGUUGAUAAGUUUUUUAAAGAGUAUCAUGCAUCCACGUACUUAUCACACACAAUUGUUCGUCAAACUGGCAAACUUCGCCGUCUUCUGAACGAUGCUGAGAGUAUUUGUACAAAGCUUACCAACUUAAACCAUGUCCGACGGUCAACUGGAGAUCCUCCAAGAAAACUUGGAUUAUUUAGCAGAAAUGAUCUUGUUGGAGAAUACCAGAAAAGGCUGGAAGACCUUGAAGAGAAUGUUAGAAUGGAACAGUCAGAUGCUACUAGGAGACAGGAAAUUCCUGCUGCCUUUGUUUCAUUCAGAUCUCGAUAUAGCGCUGCAAAUGCAGUUUACAUUAGACAGUCAGACAACCCAACUGAGUGGCAAACUGAGGAAGCUCCUGAUCCUCAUGACGUUUAUUGGCCUUUCUUUUCUACAUCCUUCAUGGAAAGAUGGAUUGCCAAGUUUGUAGUAUUUGUAGCUUCAGUUCUCCUGAUACUUGUCUUUCUCCUAGUUGUGGCAUUUGUUCAAGGACUCACCUAUCUGGAACAACUAGAGAAGUGGUUGCCUUUUCUGAGGAACAUACUGGAAAUUGCUGUUGUGAGUCAACUGGUUACAGGAUAUCUUCCCAGUGUUAUUCUUCACGUUCUUUCAUCUUGUGUGCCCUCAAUAAUGAAGUUAUUUUCAACUAUGCAAGGAUUUGUUUCUGUUAGUGGGAUUGAGCAAAGUGCUUGCAAUAAGAUGCUUCGGUUUACAAUAUGGACUGCGUUCUUUGCCAAUGUUCUCACUGGUUCAGCCUUAGUUCAAUUCGAGAUUUUCCUUAAUCCAAAGGAGCUACCUUCAAAACUUGCAGUUCUUGUACCAGCGCAGGCCUCUUUCUUUAUUGCAUAUGUGGUCACAUCGUGGACAAGCAUAACAUCUGAACUCACUCAAAUUACUGCUCUUUUCUGUCAUCUGUGGGGAAAGUGUGCGAAGUGUUGCAAGCGGGAUUACUCCAAAGCUCCAUCAAUGCCUUAUUAUAGUGAAAUUCCACGGAUUCUCUUGUUUGGGCUUAUUGGACUCGCAUAUUUUAUUGUAGCCCCCCUUAUCCUACCAUUUGUAUUGGUCUACUUCUGCCUUGGCUACUUCAUAUUCCGUAAUCAGCUUUUUAAUGUAUAUGCGCCAAAGUAUGAUACUGGAGGGAAAUUUUGGCCCGUUGUGCACAACACAACGAUAUUCUCUCUGGUUGUUCUGCAUAUAAUUGCUAUUGGAGUAUUUGGGAUAAAGAAGCUUCCCCUUGCGUCCAGUUUGCUACUUCCCCUACCACCGCUGACCCUUCUGUUCAACGAAUUCUGCCGGAACAGAUUUCUGCCUAUCUUUGAAGCAUACUCUACCGAGUCAUUGCUAAAGAAAGAUAGAGAAGAACAGAGCAAACCAGAUAUGGCGGAGUUCUUCAGUAAUCUUGUAACAGCUUACUGUGACCCAGCUCUGAAACCUUUCCAACGGGCUUCUAACUCCGACGAACGCACCGCGCCGCUCUUGGCCUCUCUGUCUAGCUCCAGAUAAGCUGUGGAUGGCAGCUGACUCCGCUGUGUGAAUUUCGAUUUGAUUUUGGUGUUUAGAUACGGCUAGUAGCAUAGGUAUAAUUUUAUGCUACAUUGUAAGAGUAGAACUUUUGACAGACAUAUAGUUUCUUAUUGUUGUUGUCUGUUGUGCAAUUUUUUGCCCUUCUGGUGUGGGGGGGAGUUCGUUGUACAUAUGUGAAUGUACAUGAUAUUUUGUGCACUUCUCAGAGAUGAAUUGCUCGUUUUAUGAUGUGUUGGCAACGCAAACUUAUGCAUCGUUCGUU